UCGCUAUUUAAAGUUCGAAGAGACACUGGAUAACAAUAACGAAGACGUAAGCGUGGCCCUAAACACCUCACCCAACAACAGUAAGAAUGGCUGAAAAAGAGUUUAUAUCAUCACGCCUUGUAGUCCCUAUUCUCCUCUUGAUUGGCUGGAUCGUGGGCUGCAUAGUAAUGGUUUAUGUUGUCUUCUCUUAGGAAGGCAAGAAGACUACAGAUUGAAUCAUUUAGAAGAAUUAAGAAAAGCAUGAACAUGACAGACUAAAUGUUUCUCAUGUAAAUGACAGCGAUGUUUGACAUCACUUUAUAAACUCUGAUUUGUAAACUGGUACUUUGGUGUGCAUGAGGAU